CACACGUCUCACAUUGCCCACCUCCAUCUAUUCUUAACAAGCACUGCGAGUAGUUUCAAAUGGAAGCUGGUCAGAAAAUGGCCCCUGGGUCCCAGCUUGGGCACCCCUGAACUAUGACAUUAUGCAACAUAACACCAUGCAAAUGAGUACAUCACAGAUAUACCUUUUUAGGACCGAACUGGUAAAUACAAUGUCGGCGCACAUCCGUUUGUCUUUGGAUUGAAGUCAAAGCAUUUUCAAGCUCCAUCGAACCUGUGGAUCGCAGGCAGGAAAGCAAGCACGCACGCACGCACGCGCACAGCCAGACGACUCGGCGGCGUAAAGGUUUGCCGACUUUGCUGGGAUUAGUUUACGAAUGGAUCUCGAUCGACGGGGCGCUAAGUGCAAAGCGGGCCACAAUGUGUUCCUGGCAUGAAGGAUUGCAGCGGCUCCCGUGACGCAGAAAGACGCCAGAGCGGCGCGGACCGGGGAGCAGCAGCGGCGGCGGACGAUGACCGCUCUCGGACCGGGUGGACGAUGAAGACGGCUGGGGCAGCAGACGCGGACUAUCAUGCAGUUGGGUGGCAAGGGGCUGCGCGCCGUCUUGUCUGGCGCACUCCUCUUCGCGUGCGCCCUCAGCGAGCUGGUGCUCGGCUUGCGGUGCGUCUCGCUGGGCUCCAGCGUGAGAGAGGACUUCCGCCUCGGCGCCGCGGCCGGAGCCUUCUACUCCGGGCUGCUCCUCGGCAGCGGCCAGCUCCUGCUGGGCGUCGCGCUGCGCUGUUGCACGGGCAAGCCGCGCGGCAGGAAUCUGGUCCUCCUGGGGGUGCUGCUCUUCCUGAUGGGGGUCCUCAGCGCCUUCUCCGGUGCCGUGGUAGAUGGGGACACCGCUUCUAUGGUGGAGAGGAAGUAUGCCCACUACUGCGUCCGCUCGGCCCGGGAGAGCCGCGCCUGCGAGGCGCUGAGGGAAUACCAGAGGAGUCUGGUCGUCUCCACGGUGCUCAGCACGCUUGAGUGCCUCCUGGGGCUCGUCAAUCUCGUGCUCAUCCAAAGGUACAAGGCGGCGCAGUUCUCCGGGAGCAGGAGGAGGCUGGCGCAGAGGGGCGGCCGCGCGGGCAUCGUAUUCAGCGAGGAGCGCGACUGCUCCUCGGUGGACUUCCAGCCGGUGUCUUACAUCAACUUGGCCGCCGUGAACGCGUCGGACGACAGCGGCGCCGAAGCCCAGCGCGGGGGGCACCCAUCCAUCCACCUGCCGGGGUACUCGCCCGCAGACCCUUUCCCUUUCUCCUACCCGCUGCCCAGUGAACUGCCGCCGUCCUUCGAGGACAUCUUCCCCGCUUGAUUUCCUUCCUGCUGGAAUACGGUUUGCAUCAAUAUCUCACGGGCUCGUUUGACAUGAGGCGGUGUGGGAACCUUACAAAGCGUGCGGGAAAAACUGGAAUUUGUCUUUGAAUCUUUGCUCCUCAGAUUUAUAGUCAAUAAAAAGUCUAUUUAACCACACUUAUCAAAAACAUAUUCUGAAAAUUAU